GUCCCACUAGUGGCGUUAGUUUAGAAAAGCCUUUGUUACCACUCGUUAAUGAUAACCGCUUCUGCAUGCUUUGUCCCGAAGAGGUGGAACGCGAGGAUACUACGUAGUAUAAUUUCUUGCUCGACUAUUUUCGUCUUACUCGGUCUGCUAGGUAUGUACAAGGGAGCCUCGUCACCGAUAUACGAAAAAACACGAUGAUGUUAUCCUGACGACAGCGGCUUAGGAAAGGGAUAAGCAAAAAGCAAUGGAAACCCAGUUACAGUAACUCUUCAAUACUCGCUUGACGGCCUUUCCAAUAUGACGCAACACACGAAACUCGUCCUGUAGGGGCCGUUACAUCGUGAUCCGCGCUUUCGAUGCAGGUGGUCCGUCGACUCCAGGGCUGUGCGUGCAUGAGAGCCCAACUAGCGUAAGUUAUAGUAUACCGAAGUAUACCGAACUUAACUAGUGGGUCACGGGCUACAUCCCGCUCUCGGCGUCUCCUAGUCCUGGUCUAACGAUGUAAGGCGCCGAGCGUGUAUAAGAUAGCCCAAUAUAUAUACUUAACCCUUUGCCGAACCCCUCCUGAGGACUUCGAUCCAUUGAGAAACACUGGAUUGGGGAUCUAUAGAUCUUAGAGAACUUGUACGGUGGCUGAACCUCAUAGAAUUGAUAUCAAAAUAUAGGUCGAAGGAUUAGAAGUAAGGAAACAUCACAAUGGCUGUACAACCAUCCAAGGAUAUCCUCCGCGAUCAGUUCGUGGGAAAGACGCUGAACGAUGUCGUUACUCCGCAAGUCGUGUUAGACCUGGCCAAAGUUGAGGCCAACUGCAACUUGAUGCUCGAGGCUGCGGAAAGGCUACAGCUUAGCUGGCGGGCACAUAUCAAAACCCAUAAGACGGAGGAACUCACGAGACUCCAAGUAGGAGACAAGAGCUCGUCCCCGGUGAACCUAAUAGUGUCCACCAUAAUCGAAGCUGAGAAGCUUAUCCCCUUACUCAAGGAGUACCAGCAAAACGGGCGAAAGGUUAACGUCCUCUACUCCUUCCCCCUCUACCAAUCCUGCAUCCCGCGCCUCGCCGCCGUCUCCGCCGCCCUAGGCGCGGGUGCGCUGUCCGUAAUGGUCGACCACGUAGACCAAGUCCCUUACCUAUCCACGCUCACCACCAGCGGCGGACACCCACCCCUCGUCUUCCUAAAAGUCGACGUAGGCGGCCACCGCGCGGGCGUAAUCCCCGACACCCCAGCAUGCAGCGCCCUAAUCUCCGCGCUCCUCGCAUCAGAGACAGCCGGAACCUCAAUCCUCCUCGGCGUAUACAGCCACGCAGGACACUCCUACGCCUCGCGCAAAGACUGGGAAGCGAUGAACUACCUGAGCCAAGAAUUCGAAGGGCUGCGGCGCGUCGCGGAGCAGGUAAAGGAGAAGCGGGCACCGGGGCGGGAUCCGCUAGUCCUGAGUGUGGGUGCUACACCGACGGCGACAACGAUCCAGCACCCGGAUUUAGUAGAGACAAACGGUGUCACCACCAACGGCACUGCUACAAACGGCACUCCUGCUACUAACGGCACCAGCCACCCAAACAUCCUAACCCCCGUCCCAACAACACACCUCAAAUCCCUUCUCAAAAGCCUCAAAACCUCCAACUUCACCCUCGAAGUGCACGCAGGCGUCUACCCCACGCUCGACAUCCAACAGCUCUGCGCGCACGCGCGGGACAGCGCCUCGCUUAACGCAUCCUACAUCGGCAUAACCGUGCUCGCAGAAAUCUGUUCCUUAUACCCGUCACGCUCACCAAACUCCUCCACCGAGGCGCUAGUAAACGCCGGCUGCAUCGCCAUAGGCCGGGAGCCGGUGGCGGAUCUGGGGGCCGUGAAGGGGGAAUCGUAUGUAGGCUGGGGCGUGCUGAUGCCAUGGGGUGAGCUGUCCGGACUACCCGCGCCGGGGAGGGAGUUUCCGACGAAGCACGAGGGGUGGGAAGUAGCGAGCCUGUCGCAGGAGCACGGGAUCCUGCGGUGGGCGGGGAAGGCGGAGGACGAGGUAGCGUUGCGUGUGGGGCAGCGCGUGCGCGUGUGGCCGAAUCACUCGUGUAUCACAGGGGCUGCGCAUGCUUAUUAUCUCGUUGUCGAUUCGCGGAAUCAGGGGAGGGAGGACGAGAUUGUGGAUGUGUGGGUGAGGUGGAAUGGGUGGUGAUUUCUCUAGCUGUUUACCGGAGAUAAACCCAUAUACAUACCUAUACACCUAUAGAAAAGAGAAGAAAAGAUAAAAGAAGAGAAAACGGAUAGGGACGGGGUGGGGGACGGGGUAAAGGCGAGACGAUUUGGAUGCUUA